CAUGCGCCUUCCAUUCUUCUAUCAAAAGCGUCACUUUUCUGUUCCCCUCCUGGCCGCAUGUGUGUGAUCCGGACGUUUUUUGAGCCAAAUCAGCCCGUGCGGCGGCCAGAUUUGUACAAACUGCAAACGGUUACAUGGAUUUUGAUCGGCGUAAUCUCUCCUGGCUCUGUUCGUGAAUGGAAGUUAAUGAUGUCCGGAUUUAGGAGCUCAUCUGAACCAAGUAAACGAAACUGAAAACGGCUAAGGUUUUAGACUCCGUCUGUCACAGUAAAGAAUGGGAAAGAAGAGGGGGAAAGACAGGAGCUUCCGAGAGGAUGAGGACAUUGAGCUCACGGGUCCAUCCUGCCGGCAUAUUAGGAAAGGCACUGACCAAACUCAGAUAAAGAAACUGUCUGCAGUUUCUGAUUGGCUGAAUUGUCAAGACUGUAAACCUGAGGAGAAUAAAGAAAACAUCAGCUCAACUGAGCAAGAGGAAUCCAAAGAGGAAAAUGAAACGGUCGCAAUAUGGAUGUGCUUGAAAUGUGGGCAUAGGGGAUGUGGCAGGCAUUCUGAGAACCAGCAUGCCAUUAAGCAUUAUGAGAUUCCUCGGUCAGAUCCCCAUUGCCUGGUGGUCAGUUUGGACAACUGGAGUGUGUGGUGCUACAUAUGCGAUGAUGAGGUCCAGUACUCGAGCACAGGGAAACUGGCACAGCUGGUGAACAAUCUGAAAAAGCAAAUUUCCACAGAGCCCAUGAAGAGACCACAGAAAAGAGUGAAAGAAGACGUGGAUCCGUUGGAAGUCAAGCAGGAGACCAAAACUGUAAACACAGAAGAAAAUGAGGGCAAGGAGAACAACGAUGGCAGGAACAAGCAAAAGAAAAACGUCAAGAAGGAGAACGUUGGAAAAUCCCCAAAUCACAACCCAGCUGAGGAAAGUUGCAGCGUUCCAGUGAAGGGGCUGAGCAACCUCGGAAACACGUGUUUCUUCAACGCAGUCCUGCAGAAUCUCUCUCAAACUCAGCUCCUGAGACAAACUCUCAACAAAGUAGCACAAGAGAAAAUGAAUCUCGACAUUAAACCCGACGCAUCUUUGGAGUUGGAACCUAUAAUAGUGCAGCUAGACCAGCCUGGAUCUCUUACAUUGGCUAUGUGUAAGCUACUCAAUGAGAUCCAGGACUGCAACAGGAGUGUGGUGACGCCCCGUGAGUUGUUCGCACAAGUUUGUAAAAAGGCUGCCAGGUUUAAAGGAUUUCAACAGCAGGACAGCCAGGAGCUGCUGCGAUACCUGCUGGAUGGGAUGAGGGCUGAGGAACUCAAAAGAGUAAGCACUGGAAUAAUGGAGACUUUAAAACAAUCAAGUAAAGACACAGAUGAAGACAAGCUGAAAGCUGUAGUCAAAGAGUACGAGAAAAACGGAGUUCCUAAAAACUUUGUGGACCAGGUUUUUGGUGGCGAGUUGACCAGCACCAUAAUGUGCCAGCAGUGCAAAACAGUGUCCGUUGUCACAGAGGUGUUUCUGGAUCUUUCUCUUCCUGUCUCUGACGAGGCGUACAGAAAGAAAAUUCCCAAAAAAGGAGUUCCUAAGACCAGUGAAUCAAGCCAGGACGGCAGAAACAGCCCUGGUCUGACCAGCGGGAACGAUGACACCCCGACUGGGGCCAGCAAGUACCAGCAGAAAAAGGCUAAAAAGCAGGCAAAGAAGCAAGCAAAGUAUCAGAAGCGGCAGCAGAAGCUUGAAACUAGACCGACUUUAGAGAGUUUGACAUCUCCAAGCGACGUAAACGGUGACCAAACCGAUGUUACCGAAGAUGCAAAAGGCACGGGGGACGCUGACAGCGUGCCGCCCGAGGACGCCUCAUCGCACGAGCAGGAUCCCGAACCGCUCUGUGGGUCUGAACAGGAUCAGAAUGGCGAGCAGGGGAAAGAGGAGGACAAAGAUUCAGCGACUGACAACGAUUCGUUGGCCGACUCGUCAGCCAGCAACCGUUUCACCGUCUUGUCAGAGGAGCAGUACUCGCAUGGCAGCACUUCGUGUAACGAAAUGUCCAGCGCGGAUCUGGAGGGAGAACUGGAGCCACAGUUGGUCAAUAAACUGGAACAAGUGACGCUGGAUGAUGCAUUCGUAGAUUCUCCGGAUGACAUGGAGCAAGCCUCGGGGACCGAAGACGAAGCUCUGGAGGACAAGGAAUAUACAGUGAUAAGCCAAGACCCAGAGCUGGCCUUCGACACCCUCUCCACCAGGGCAACCCCAGAGAAACAGGAGUGUUCAGUGCAGUCAUGUCUGUUUCAGUUCACAGAAGUCGAAACACUCACACUGAACAACAGCUUGCUGUGUGUCACUUGCACCAAGCGACACAGGAAGAACGACAAAGCAGGCGGAUCCAAAAAGAACAUCUACACUGAUGCUUUGAAGCAAAUGUUGAUCUCCUCCCCACCAUCUGUACUUACUCUUCAUUUGAAAAGAUUUCAGCAGAAUGGGUACAGUAUUUGUAAAGUGAACAGGCAUGUUCAAUUUCCUCUGAUUCUGGAUCUUGCUCCUUAUAGUGCAGCCAAAUGCAAGAAUAUCUCCGAAGGAGACACUCAGAUUUUGUACAGCCUGUAUGGUAUCGUAGAGCACAGUGGAACUAUGAGGUCAGGUCAUUACACAGCCUAUGUAAAAGUCCGACCCGACUCUUCAAAAUAUUCAUCGAAUGAUAAACAAGGAGAUGCUGAGCGUCCUAGAGGAUCCUGGUUCCAUAUCAGUGAUACGAGCGUUCAGCCUGUCAGCGAAAGUAAAGUUCAGAGCUGCCAAGCCUACCUCCUCUUCUACGAAAGAAUCCUCUAACUUAAAUGUGCUUAUGUACUCAGGAAAGACCAACCAACACGCUGCUCCAACUCCAGUGCACAGGAGAUUUUAUCCAGGACUUUGAAAUGAUAUCGAUUUUUGCAUAAAGGAUAUUUGACAUCAUAUACUUUUUCAUUUGACUAACUCAAUAUUUUAGGUAUUCUGCUGAAUAUGUGAGCAGUUCUGCUCAUGAUUCACUAAACCAACAGGGGAUGAAAAAUCUGUAAAUGUCGGCGUUUAUUUUUAUGAUUUUUUUUUUUU